AUGAAUAACUUUGAACGAGAAGAAAUAAAUGGGGAACUUAUGGAGUUUGGUGUUCAAGAGAGUAUCCGGGAUUCAUACAGACAGCCACAGCGCAGGAAAGAAUCAAACAGCAAAAAUUUUACAAGGAUAAUGUCAGCCAUCCAGAACGGUGAUGUGUUGACUUUACAACAGCUGUCAGAGCACCCGGCCUCCUUCAGAGAGAGGGACAUCCGCGGGUGGCUCCCUCUGCACUCAGCGGCGGUUCAUCCACACAUACAGGUCCUGGAGGCUGUGCUACAAGCAUCCACUGAGCUCACUCUGGAGGAGCUGACAGCCAAUGGAGACACAGCUCUGAUCCUGGCAGUUGAGGCCGGUUUGGUGGAUAAUGUGACUGUCCUGUUAAAACAUGGAGUCUCCCCUCACAACACAAAUGACAGGAAUGAGUCUCCCCUACUCUUGGCGGUGAGACAAAAAUCAUAUGAGAUGGCGCUUGCCCUGAUUAUGGGAGGAGCCUUUGUGGAGCAGGUGUGUCUGAAGAAGUGGACAGCCAUCCACGAAGUCGCUAAGGUGGGCUGUCCAGCUAUUUUGAUGCUGCUGCUUCGACAUGGGGCCAAAGUGACCUCUAGAGAUGGACAUGGAGUGACCCCUUUGAGCAUCGCAGCUGAACAUGGCAACACUGAAGUACUGGAGAUUCUCAUACAACAUGGUGGCGAUGUGAAUGCCCAGGCCACCAAUGGGGAUACAGUGCUAUAUGAUGCAUCCGGAAAUGGAAACCUGGACUGUAUAGAGCUGCUGUUGGAGCACGGAGCAGAUCCUAAUGUGCAGAGCAAUGCCUUUCAGCUGCCUGUCCACAGAGCAGCGUACGAGGGGCACAUACUCGCUCUGAGGACCCUCCUGCCCCUCACCUCAAAGAAAGCCAUCUGUAUGUCCGGCCAUAGUCCAGUGCACGCGGCCGCAGAUGGAGGACAGCCCCAGUGUCUGCAGCUGCUCAUAGACAGCGGGUUCGACGUCAAUGUGCAGCUGGCAACAUACAUGUCUGAGAACUACGGCGACCUCAGGAGGAGUCCUCUGUACUUCGCUGUGUGUAACGGAGAUGUGACCUGUGCACAGAUGUUACUGGAGGCAGGAGCCAGAAGUGACCUGGAUCCGUUACGAUGUAUAUUAGUUGCCAUACGAGCCGAGAGGUAUGAGUUGGUGCGCCUGCUGUUGUCCUAUGGAGCUGAUGUGAACUGUUACUUUAAUGCCAUCAGCCACACAGUGUUCCCCACAGGACUGCAGUACUGUCUGAGGGACCCUUUCAUGCUCCGCCUGCUGCUCAACAGUGGAUAUGAUGCAAACAGAUGUUUCCAGUGUUGUUGUGGGGUGAGUGAGGAGCUGGACAGUACCUGGGCUGACCUCCAUAAUCAGGCGUACCAGAUCUACAGCCAACCGGACGCCAUCACAUUCUGUGAGUUUGUGUCAGUUUCGUGGCUGAAAGAACAUGUGGUGGGCGGUGUGGUGAGGAUGCUCCUGGACUAUGUGAGCCAUGUAAAUCUAUGUCCCAAACUCCUGAAAAUCCUGGAAGACCAACCUGAGUGGGAGGAGAUCUCAGGCAUCCUCAGCAGUCCACGCUCCCUUCAGCACUUGUGUCGAUUGAUCAUUAGAGGUCACAUUUCACCAAAGACACUGAACAAUCCUGGUGCGAUGUCAGAGGUUCCUCUUCCUUCCAGAGUGAAGAACUAUCUGACCUACAAAGAGUAUGACCUCUACGGUGACCUGUCCUCUCUUUAG